AUGGAAGAUCGAGUGUUUGAUAGAAUCGCUCAAAGAUUAACGGCGAGUGUAAGAUCGAUUCGGAACGAUCCAGAAAAGAAAUUCGACGUCGAGCUGAAAGCUUUAAGUGCCACGACGUUCGAUGGAGCCACGGAUCUAGUGAAUGCUGAGAUCUGGUUGGAUUUGAUUGAAAUAUGUAAAGCAAAUGUGGUAGCUAAUGCUCUAAGUCGAAAUACCAGAUCAGCUAGAGCUAGUAUCAAUUCAGUGAAGGGUACACUAAUUCAUGAGUUGUUUAAUGCUAGAGCAGCAUUAUCAGUUGGUCAAAAAGGAGGGUUAUUAGCUUCAUUUCAAGUACGUCCUACGCUCGUAGAAGAUAUUCUACAUGAACAGUUAAAGGAUUUUGGUCUUCAGAAGUUAGCUAAAGAAAUGGAUAAAGGAUUGAGGAUGGAUUACCAAUUAAGAGUUGAUAAAGUGCUAUUAAAAGAAGGUAGAAUAUGCAUACCUAAAGAUCUACCAAGGGAGGAUUUAAUUGAGUUUCACCUGGAAAAUCAAACCCUCGUGCCAGUUGAGGUCCACCAAACGCCUAAGCUUGCACACUCCAUGCUUACAUUGGAGAACCAUUCAAAGCCUUUUGUCGUCUAUGGCACUGAAGCCGAUCUAAUUGAGGACUCUUCUCUCUUCUCCGAUCCUAAAACCCUAAUUUUGGCUUCUAUGUUCUCUCGUUCCUUUCUCACUGCCACCGGAGCCGCCAUCUCCGCCUCCUCUCACUCCUCUUUCUCCCUUCUGCGCCGCCUCCGUCCCCUCGCUGCUAUAGUCGCUGCCGAUUUCCGCUGUCUCUCUGCAGCUCCGAGCGUGAGGGAGUUAGCUACCCGUGCCGCUUCUUCGUCUCUCAAUGAUCCGAAUCCUAACUGGUCCAAUCGCCCACCCAAGGAGACCAUAUUGCUUGAUGGCUGUGAUUUUGAACACUGGCUCGUUGUCAUGGAAAAGCCAGAGGAGAAUCUCACGAGGGAUGAGAUUAUCGACAGCUAUAUCAAAACGCUUGCCAUGGUUGUCGGAAGUGAGGAAGAAGCUAGGAUGAAAAUAUACUCUGUUUCAACCAGAUGCUACUUUGCAUUCGGGUGUCUUGUUUCUGAAGAACUUUCUUACAAAAUCAAAGAGUUGCCUAAGGUUCGUUGGGUCCUUCCUGAUUCAUACUUGGACGUUAAGAAUAAAGAUUAUGGAGGGGAGCCUUUUAUAAACGGACAAGCUGUUCCGUAUGACCCGAAGUACCACGAGGAAUGGAUUAGAAACAAUGCUAGAGCAAAUGAGAGGAAUAGGCGCAAUGAUAGGCCUCGCAAUUUUGAUAGGUCAAGAAACUUUGAGAGGAGGAGGGAUAACAUGCAAAAUAGAGAAUUUCCAAAUGCUUCAACAAAUCAACCUACUGGACCGAACAUGAGUCCACCAGCUCCAAGUAGUAUGCCUCCCAAAGACUUUAGUCCCAGCAUGCCUCCUCACAACCAUGCUGGAAUGCCCCAAGGCAACUAUCCGGGAGGACCACCACCUCUGAACAAUUUUAACAAACCACCGCCACCACACAACUUUAACGGACCACCACCACCACCACCUCGGAACAACUUUAAUGGGCCACCACCACCACCACCACUAAACAACUUUAAUGGACCUCCAUCACCACCACCACCAAACUUUAAUGGACCUCCGUCACCACCACCACCACGAAACAACUAUGCACCACCACCACCAAACCCCGGGGGAGCACCACCACACAAUUUUGGGGGGCCACAGCCAAACAACUAUUGGGGAGCACCACAACCAAACAACUAUGGUGGACCUUCAAUCUCGGGCAGGCCGCCUGCACAGAACAGCUAUGGAGGGGUGCAACCUAAUGCUGGUGGAUGGUCUAAUAAUGUGCAUAACAAUCAACAAGAAUAGUCCUCAACUGGUUUGGGAAGUCUCAAACUUGCAUAAGUCGUUGGUUGUUUGGAUUUAGUUGCUGCUAGGUUCUACCCUGAAAUCCUACUGAACGUUGAGUUGAACUAAAUGCUUUGCUUUUUGAGUAGGGUAUAUGCUCAGAACAUGUUAGGUGUUCUAAAUACAACAACGCUCCUUGUAUUUAUUUUUAAUGAUGUAGCUAAUUUUUUGUUUCGAAAAAACACUUCAUGUUUUACGGUUUUUUAUAAAAAAAAAAAAAAAAAAAAA